AAGGGCGGCGGCUGGGCCGCGUCCGGUUCUGCGCAGGGCCCAUGUGCGGCCGAGCCCCGCGGGUGCUGAGAACCUCCAGUUUCCUGCUGCGAACCCUGGGUUUUCUUCCCUGGAUCCCCUUCUCUGUAGUCUGAGACCCCGUGUCCCCCCCCCCCCCGAGAGCCCCGUAUUUUCGGCCUGUCUUCACCCUGAACCCCGUAUUUCCGGCCUGAUAGCCCUCGUCUGCAGCCUGAAUCCCGAGUUUUCUGCCUCACCUCCCCCUCUUUGCAGCCUGGACCCGUGUCCCUGCUGAGAUCCCGAAUUUCCUGCUGGAAGCCCCGAAUUAACCCAAUUUUCCCACCUCUGCAGCGUGAACCCAACAUUUCUUACUUGACCCCCCUCUCUAGCCUGAACCGCGAAUUUCCUGCUUGGUACCCCGUUUCUGCAGCCUGAACCUGUGUCCUUGCUGAGAACUCUGAAUUUACUGCAUAGACGCCUCUGUGCAGCCUGAACCCUCGUUCCUUCCUGCUGGACCCCCUGUCUGCAGUCCAAACCCAGAAUUUCCUGCUCGAACCUUACCCGUCUUGUGAACCUAGAGUGUUGUGUCAGAGUCCCAGUCUUUGCAGCUGCGUCCCUGUAGCUUGACCUCAUGCUGCAGACCCUGUAUUUCCCGUUGAACUCCAGCUCUACGGCCUGAAUCUCAGUCCCUUGUGUGAACUUUGCUUCCCGUACUGUCCCCCGGACUGUGGAACCCGGUCCCUGCAGACCCUGUCUCUGCUCCCUGACUCCUCCCUUGCUGCCCAAACCCUCUGCUCCCUGAGCCCUAUCUUUUGUUAUCUGAAUUCCCAUACCUGCUUAGAAGUCUUCAUUUGCCUCCUGAAAUCCCAUCCUUGCUGGAAACCCAGUGUUAGCCGUCCCCCCAACUCUGCCGCCCGUACCCCCUCUGGGAACACUGUCUUGCUUCUGUGAACACUCAUACUACAUAAACCCUGGUUUCUGUCGGUCUCCUUGUCCCUGGUGUCCUUCCUGCUGCUCUGGUCCCCCCUCCCCCAUCUUUCCAUUUCUGUCCACAGGCCUGGCCCUCUCUGCCAGGGGUGUCAUGUCCUGAAGGCCUGCAUCUGUCCCUGUCCUUCCAGGGAACGGGGCAGCCGCGGGCGUGCGUGCAUGCGUGUGUGUGUGUGUGUGUGCGCGCGCGUGUAUGCUGCCCUCACCCUUCAGGCCUAAGGCUGGGGGGUGUGAGCUUUGACUGGAGCGCCUGCUGCUGCUGUGGGUGCCCUGGGUGCGACCUUGAAGAGGGGUCUGUUGAGUUUUACUUAUGGGAAACAGUGCGCCCAUUCCCCGUGUCCCAGGACCCUGCACUGACUGACUGAUGGCCAGGUUCCCUGUCUCCUGGAGGCUGUGUGUGAGGCCGGCGUCUGCCCUUGAAGCUCCUGUCGGUGCGAAUGUCACUGAACGCAAGCGGAGCGUUUCUAAAGCGUCACACGCGUUUUGUUGCAGGGCACCUCCGGCAUCAGGCUCUGUAGCACCGUGAGGGGAGCUUCUUCUUGCCACAGCUCCGCGUCAUGACGGAUGCCAAGUAUGUCCUGUGCCGAUGGGAGAAGCGGCUGUGGCCUGCGAAGGUUUUGGCCAGAACUGAGACUUCAGCGAAAAAUAAGAGAAAAAAAGAAUUAUUUCUAGAUGUUCAAAUACUGUCGCUAAAGGAAAAGAUCCAGGUGAAGAGCUCGGCCGUGGAGAAGCUGCAGAAGUCACACAUUGAGAACAUUGCCGCCUUCCUGGCCUCUCAGAAUGACGUGCCAGCUGCCCCCCUGGAGGAGCUGGCCUAUCGACGUUCGCUGCGAGUGGCCCUGGACAUCUUGAACGAGAGUACCAGCUUGAGUCCUGAAGGCCAUCUGACUGAAGAUGAGACCUCACCGUCCCAGAACGAGAAGCCAUACGCACAUGUGGCCUCUUGGGUCCCCAGCGCCCCCUCCCCAUCUCUUUGUGGUGAAGAUGAUGAAGAUGUGGCUGCUCGGCGCACACCCAAGAGGAGGUGGGAAUGCGUACCACAAAGCCUGGCGGGGUUGUGUGCAUCUGAAGAGGACCCCAAGACAGACCUCCCAAAGAAUGCAACCCCGAGGCCAGCAUCGCCUUUCCCCACUGGAGAUGGGUCUCAGGACAGUUCUGGGUCACAACCGGACCGUGGACAGGAGGAUACAACCAAUAAAAGGCAGAGGAAUUUGGGAGAGAAACCUACCCGGCGCCGCAGAACAGAGUCUCGCCUUUCCAAGGGGGAGAGUCUUUCAGGCAGCGAGGGCCAGGCAAGCAGCUCUGCCGCCCUGGCUUCACCUAGGCUACUCUCCCAAACCUGGGGAGAGGACCCCUGUGCCGGGGUCAAAGGCUGUGACCAGCUUGUGCCAUCAGGCAGCAGCAAGCUGCUCCUGGCCUCCGAGAGAGGCAGAGGCCGCACCACAAAGAGGCCACGCUUGGAUGGAGGCCAGAACCCACCCGCCAGGCAGCUGGGGACUGGAACUGUGGGGGCAGCGCCCUCCCCUGGGAGCUGGUCUGGGGAGGCCAUGGCGCUGUGCAGUGCUGGUGACAGUGAGCAACCAGAGGAAGAUCUUGUGUCCUCGGAAGAGUCCAUAGGGUUCAAGUCCAUCCACCCCCUGCUGGAGGAGGAGGAGGAAGAGGAAGAGCCGCCCCGGAUCCUUCUGUAUCACGAACCACGAUCAUUUGAAGUAGGAAUGCUGGUCUGGCUUAAAUACCAAAAAUACCCGUUCUGGCCGGCUGUGGUCAAGAGUGUCCGGCGGAGAGACAGGAAAGCCAGCGUGCUGUUCAUUGAGGGCAACAUGAACCCCAAGGGCCGAGGAAUCACCGUGUCCCUCCGAAGGCUCAAGCACUUUGACUGUAAGGAAAAGCACGCACUGCUGGACAGAGCCAAGGAGGACUUUGCCCAGGCCAUCGGCUGGUGUGUCUCGCUUAUCACCGACUACCGUGUGCGCCUGGGCUGCGGCUCCUUUGCUGGGUCUUUCUUGGAGUAUUAUGCUGCUGAUAUCAGCUACCCCGUGCGCAAGUCCAUCCAACAGGACGUCCUGGGGACCAGGUUUCCUCAGCUGGGCAAGGGGGACCCUGAGGAGCCUGUCGGGGACAGCCGGCCAGGACAGUGUCGGCCGUGCAGGAAGGUCCUGCCCGACCGCUCCAGGGCUGCGCGGGACAGAGCCAACCAGAAGCUGGUGGAGUACAUUGUGAAGGCCAAGGGUGCGGAGAGCCACCUGCGGGCUGUCCUGUGCAGCCGCAAGCCCUCUCGCUGGCUGAAGACAUUCUUGACCUCGGGCCAGUACGUGACUUGCGUGGAGACAUACCUGGAGGACGAGGCACAGCUGGACGAGGUGGUGGAGUACCUGCAGGACGUCUGCCGAGAAAUGGACGGCGAGGUGCCUGCCCGGGGCAGUGGGGACCGCAUUCGCUUCAUCCUGGACGUGCUGCUGCCCGAGGCAAUCAUCUGCGCCAUUUCUGCAGUGGAGUCAGUGGACUACAAGACAGCCGAGCAGAAGUACAUCCGUGGUCCGACACUUAGCUACCGGGAAAAGGAAAUCUUUGACAAUGAGCUCCUGGAGGAGAGGAACCGGCGCCGGCGCUGUCGCUGAUGCUGUGGCCUCCACCCUGCCAGCAUGGCCUCCACAGCCUGCCAGGGGACUCUGCGGGAAUGUGCUAGAAGCAAGAGGCCCCCGAGUGUGCUGACUUUGAACUGUGGGUCCUGCACCUUCAGUACUGAGUCCAGGAGAUCAAAUGUCAUUGACACACCAGAAGCUUGCUGGCAGCUACAGACAGACGCUUUCUGGAAGUUUCUGUGCGUGUAUGCUUGUUUUUUUUUUUUUAAUUAUUAUUGUUAGUUUUGUUUAUAAAUGUGAUUGAAUGCACAUGUGUCAUGGUCACUUCACAGUGUGGCCGGCAUAUGUGCUUGGGUCCUGUGUUACUUAGUAUGUCAACCCUACAGAAGUUUCUGGAAAGACUGAUUUGAACACUCAGCUCCCAGAGCAUUGACAUGUU